AUGUCUGGUGUGUGGCAUAUCCGAAUCAACACUGGUCCAGUAGUUGCUGGUGUCAUAGGACUGAUGAAGCCUCAUUACGACAUCUGGGGUAAUUCAGUGAAUGUCGCUAGUCGCAUGGAUUCAUCAGGAGUGCCGGGAAAAAUACAGGUGACCGAAGAAACUAAGAAUAUCUUGGAAAAGGAAGGCUUCGAAUUCGAAUGCCGUGGUGAGAUCAAUGUGAAAGGCAAAGGACUGAUGACCACAUAUUUCCUGAAAACACCCCCUGAACAAAUGGAAUUGUUUAUCUGA